UAGUAAGCUAGACUCGGUGCAGUGUUGACGUUACGCCGCAUUUUCCCGACGCACCAUCAGUGUAAACCUACCGUAUGGAGUAUAUAUUUCCAAUCUCUUUUACCAGGAAGGUUGGCAUAAUCUUACUGAAUACCCCGAGUGUCUAAAAGGAGUGACUGAGCAACAUUCAUCAUCAUCAUCAAAAAUGUUCAUGCAGAGAGUGUUCAAUGUUCUCUCUCAGAACUCGAACAUCCCGAUCGCAGUUGACAGAACGAAGCCCAAAACUCUGUCUAAUGCGCCUCGAGAGCAGCAUGGCCACACGACCAACAACAACAACAUCAACAACAACAACAACAGCAUGCACGGCCACCACCACCACCACCACCCCGCCCUCGUCCCCACCAUGAGCCACACCUCCACCCCCACCCCCGCGUCAUCCAGCUCCUCCUCGAGCGCCUCCCACGCCCACCAGUGCAGCCACCCGUCUACUUCCACCGCGCCCGCGAGCAAAGCCUCGGCCGCGGGCGGAGGGGGGCGGGGGUGCGGCCCGGGCGGGGGAGGAGGAGGAGGGGGAGGGCCGGGGACCGAGAGGGAGAGGCUGUACCGAGUGGACAAGACGGUGGACGAGAGGGGGAAGGUCGUGUCCAAGGUGCUAGGCAAGGGGGGCUUCGGCACCGUCUACGCCGGCACUCGGAUGAAGGACGGCGCGCCCGUGGCCAUCAAGCUCAUCGCCAAGGACAGAGUGCCAGCCUGGGGAGUGGUGAAUGGCCAAAGAGUGCCAAUGGAGGUGGCCCUGCUCCUCCGCGUGGCACACAUCCCCCAGGUGGUUCGGCUCCUGGACUGGCUGGAGAGAGAUGACUCCUUCCUACUGAUCCUCGAGCGCCCGGACCCCUGCAAGGAUCUCUACGAUUACGUGACGGAGAGAGGACCCCUGCCGGAGAACGAGGCCAGGGAUUUGAUGCUACAGGUCGUGAGCAUGGUCCUGGCGUGUCACAUGGCGGGCGUGAUCCACCGCGACAUCAAGGACGAGAACCUGCUGGUCACCACGGACCGCCACGGACGCGUCGCCCUCAAGCUCAUCGACUUUGGGUCCGGCGCCUUCUUCGUCAGGGACAAGGUCUACACGGACUUCGAGGGGACGAAGGUGUACUCCCCGCCCGAGUGGAUCCUGCAGAACCAGUACCAGGGCGUGCCGGCCACCGUCUGGUCGCUGGGCAUCCUGCUGUACGACUUCGUGUGCGGGGACAUUCCCUUCGAGUACGAGGACCAGAUCGUGUCGGCGCGGCUGCAGUUCCGCGGCUCGCUGUCGGAGGAGUGCCAGAGCCUGAUCCGCUGGUGCCUGCGGGUCAACCCCGGCGACCGCCCGAGCCUCGAGCAGAUCCUGCAGCAUCCGUGGCUGAUGCUGCGAACGCGCGACACGCUCACGCGCUCCAUCUCCACCCGCAGCGCCCCCGCCUGCGCCCCCUCAUCACUGGCCGCGUCCGCCCACGCGUCGGCCACGUCGCCCGUCGGCUCCCUGGGCUCGGUGGGCUCGUCGCACAGCUCGGGCUCCCUGCCGCCCACGCCGCGCCCGCAGGAGAGGCUGGACUUCCCCUCGUCGUCGUCGUCGUCGUCGGCGCACGUCGUCGCCUCGACCUUGUGACGUCAGCGGCCCUUAACGGCGUCUUAGUUCCCGGCCGCGUCCGCUCGCCGCGACCGCGCCGCCGCCUCUCCGCCUUAAAGAAACAACAACAACAACAGCAACAAACACGCCCUCCGCCCCCUUCACCCCCCUUCCCCCUGCUCCCUCCCCUUGCUGUGUCGCGGGCGUGCGUGGGCGUCGGCGAGGGCGUGGCCGCGGAGAGAGCAUCCGUGCCCUGCUACCAAAGCCCGGUCGUUUUCGGGAAUUCAUCACUGUACAUAGAGUCAUCAUCUUCUCAUAUCUGCCAUCGUUAUUAUUUUCUCUUUUUGUGUACGUGUGUGUUGCAUCAUCAUUUGUACGGAAUUUUUCGUUUUAUUUUUUGGGGGCCAAGUCGUGCCCCCAAAUCGGCUCUUUGGGGUCGUCGCUUCUGCCUUUGAUGGGAAGUGAGAAGGCGACGUCCCGUUCGAUUUCUUCCUAUUAUUAUUGUCAUUAUUAUUAUAGAUGUAAUUAUCAUUAUUAUUAUCAUUAUUAUUAUUAUUA